CAGAGCGGCUGUCAAACUCUCUUUUCUGUUCCACAUCUUGUGUGAGGACGUAGUGUGAAAUACUCGCCCAAGUUUUUGGAUUUUUUCGGGUCGAAUUCCCAAUUGUACAACCAUGGCCGACACGACCGAAGCUGAGGGAGUCAAGAAGAAGCGCGCGUUCCGCAAAUUCACCUACCGCGGGGUGGAUCUGGACCAGCUCCUGGACAUGAAGCAGGAUCUGCUGAUGGAGUUGAUGCACAGCCGUGCCAAACGACGCUUGAACCGUGGAACUCGCAGGAAGCCCGUGGCCCUCAUCAAGAAGCUGCGCAAGGCCAAGAAGAACGCCCCACCGAACGAGAAGCCGGCCAUCGUCAAGACCCAUCUGCGGAACAUGAUUAUCGUACCGGAGAUGGUCGGAUCCAUUGUUGGUAUCUACAACGGCAAGACGUUCAACCAGGUCGAAAUCAAGCCGGAAAUGAUCGGCCACUAUCUGGGAGAGUUCUCGCUGACCUACAAGCCGGUCAAGCACGGAAGGCCCGGUAUUGGUGCCACCCACAGCUCCCGUUUCAUCCCGCUGAAGUAGAGAGUGGACUGGUGUUAUUAUUCUUAUAAUUUCUCUUGUAAGUAGACCGAAGAGCAGGUGAGGAAAAUACAAAAAGGAUUGUAAACAAA